GCAAUUAAUACAUAUAUUUUUGAAUAUUAAAUAAAGGCAUAUUACAAAGCAUUGUUUUAUUUUACCUUGUCAAUUUAAGCUCUCAAGAUUCCAGAAAAUAUUAUUUAAGUAGUUUAAUUGCCUAUUUUACAAAAGAUGGAUUAGAAUUAACCAAAAAAAGCAAUAAAGAGAGCUUAUUGUAAAAAACAGAAGCCAUAGGUGGUGUUUAGAUCAGAAAGUGAAAAAAUGAGAUAGUUGCUAUAAAUAAUUGAUGAAAAUAAAAGAAUAGCCAACAAUGACAAAGAAGUACCUUCUAGCUCUCCUAAUUCAUAAAUAAAGAAUGACUCUGAAUAACAGUAGAGUUCCCAAACUUAAUAGGGUGAUAAAAAUACUUAAAACACAACCCCAACUCAGGCUUAGCCAAGUGUAGAACAAUCAGUUAAAUAAACUUUGGAAAUCAAGAUCAUAAAAAAGGCUUAGCCACAGGAAUUACUGAAUGAAACUCAAAAGAAGAAGGUAAAGCCAGAUGAAAAUUAUGAAUAAAGAUUUUGUUAAAUGAAAUGUGAAUUGCAAAGUUUUUUAAGUUAUUGGAUCAUGAAACUUAAAUCUUCAGUCACUGAUACACAGUAGAUGGUGGAACAAUUGGAGAAGUUUAAAUUAUGA